GCACGGGCGCGAUCUCAUCCCGCUGGCUUCGUGGGAAGAGCUCGAGACCGGGCAUCGUUGCGGGACAUCUCCAAGCUCCAAGUAGUAUGCGUGACAUGACAGCUUUGUCGGACGACCUGUCGUCGGCGAUUUGCUUUGUGAUGUAUGGGAUGGGGUCGUUUUGGAUCCUGACCGCGUGGUCGACGGUGCUGAAGACGUUGUACACAUUGGACGACGAGUGCAGCAGCCACGUUCCCGCGAAUGCGGUGGAUGGUCGCGAUGCAUGCACCUUAUGGCCAGUCGAAGCAGACGACGACUGCUCCACAGACUUGCCGAAUGGCGAUGGAGCCCACGACGACACCGAACCGCCGCACGUUCCAUAUUUGUCCCUCAUGCCCAAACACACGACACUCCAGGAACACCACGCACUACCCUCGUCUAGUCCAGUGUACACGUGCGUAUGCCAGCUGCCUGUGGCCAUUCCGGUGUCCCCGAACAGCUGCGGCAACGCGAGAGCCACAGCAACAUCAUAUCCCAACGCCAAGACCAUCCGAUGUGAACCGCUCGUUGAUGAGCACAUGGAAUGGUACCAGCCCAGCAACGCGACCUUGCUAACGAGAGCAGCUACAUUGUACGAUACGGAGGAUUCUCGAGACAUAUCUAGAUGCCGAAGUGCAUCGUGUCCAGUGACCAGGCGUCGGCGCCCUGCAUGCACGCUGUCCUCUGCUCGCAGUGAGAACCCCCCACUGAAACCUGUCGCUUCUCCAAAACCAGCGAAACCAGCGCCACCCAUCGUGCUGGUCGCGUUGACGGCUCAAGUCGACACCAGCGAGCGACGCGAAAAGAGUUUACACCGUGCAACAUUUCAAGUGGGUUUGCCUUUAACGUCUCUGGCGCUCGGCGACGUGUACAGCAUCCGCGUCGAGUUAAGUUGCCCAGACAAUGAGCAGAGCCACCCACUGCCGUCCGUCAUGUGGUGCUUUACGAGCACGGUGGCAGAAAUGAACAAGACUCGACAACGCAUGCAACACGAAGUACAUGAGGGCGACGCCUCGUGCUUGACCCUGGAGAUCGAAUCAAGGGAAGAUAUGCAGCGCUUCCUCGACACCGUCGUCAUGCUUCCUCGGCUGGCCGACGCUCCUAGCCUUCGCAAGUUUUGCCAAAUGUGGUGACAGCAGUGACCAUCCACGUUUGCUGGAGAGAAAACGCCACCCACUGGGCCAUCCUUGCCUCACGAGAUUCCUAAAGUCCGUGGCGGGGGGCCAAGACCGUGUCAGCGGCGGCACCGUCGCGAAUGUGCCAUCCAAGCAACUCCAGCGUGUUCCAAAGUACGUAGCUUUUUAACACAAAAAAUCCACCACGACGCCUGUUGCGGUCGGUGACGUGUGGCUGAGCAUACGCGACGGUCGUGCCACUGGCAAAGGUA